GCUCACAGGAAGCCACACACCCUUCAAAGGCACCUGUCCUUCUUAGCACUGUGCUUCUUGAUCAAGCCUGGCACUGCCUCACCGACCUUCCUCAGCGCCGUUUUCAGGAAAGCAAGUUUCUUCUGGUUGGGCCCAGACCUGCCUUGAAGAGGCUGCAGGGUUAAAGAAUGGACCCCACGGAUGUAGCCGACACCACACUGGAUGAAAGUAUAUACAGCAAUUACUACCUCUAUGAAAGUAUCCCCAAGCCUUGCACCAAAGAAGGCAUCAAGGCAUUCGGAGAGCUCUUCCUGCCUCCCCUCUACUCCUUGGUCUUCCUGUUUGGUCUGCUUGGAAACUCCGUGGUGGUUCUGGUCCUGCUCAAAUACAAGCGGCUCAAGUCCAUGACUGACGUGUACCUGCUCAAUCUUGCCAUCUCGGAUCUGCUCUUUGUGUUUUCCCUCCCUUUCUGGGGCUACUAUGCUGCAGACCAGUGGGUUUUUGGACUAGGCCUGUGCAAGAUUAUUUCCUGGAUGUACUUGGUGGGCUUUUACAGUGGCAUAUUCUUCAUCAUGCUCAUGAGCAUCGAUCGGUACCUGGCAAUUGUGCAUGCAGUGUUUUCCCUGAGAGCGAGGACCUUGACCUAUGGGGUCAUCACCAGCUUGGCUACGUGGUCAGUGGCUGUGUUUGCCUCCCUUCCUGGCCUUCUGUUCAGCACUUGUUAUACGGAGCGCAACCACACCUACUGCAAAACCAAGUACUCUGUCAACUCCACGACAUGGAAGGUUCUAAGCUCCCUGGAGAUCAACAUUCUGGGACUGGCGAUACCCUUGGGGGUCAUGCUGUUUUGCUACUCCACGAUCAUCAGGACUUUGCAGCACUGUAAGAACGAGAAGAAGAACCGGGCGGUGAAGAUGAUCUUUGCCGUGGUGGUUCUCUUUCUGGGGUUCUGGACACCUUACAACAUAGUGCUCUUCCUGGAGACCCUGGUGGAGCUGGAAGUCCUUCAGGACUGCGCCUUUGAAAGAUACCUGGACUAUGCCAUCCAGGCCACAGAAACCCUCGCUUUUGUCCACUGCUGCCUUAAUCCAGUCAUCUACUUCUUUUUGGGGGAGAAAUUUCGCAAGUACAUCAUACAGCUCUUCAAAACCUGCAGGGGCCCUUUUGUGCUCUGCCAAUACUGUGGGCUCCUCCAAAUUUACCCUGCCGACACCCCCAGCUCAUCUUACACGCAGUCCACUGUGGAUCAUGAUCACGAUGCUCUGUAAAAAAGGAAAAUGCAAAGCACAGAGUCAAUAAGCUUCCCACAUGCAGAGCUUACUUAAAAUUGUAUUUUAGUAAGAGAUUCCUGAGCCAGUGUCGGGAGGAAGGCUUACUCACCCUGCAGUCAGCUUUUCUCUCCCAGUGGACAAGUUCAGCCUGACAAGGGUCAUCUGGACUGAGGCGUCCUUCCUUGCACAGGCUUGCCUGCAGGGAUAAGUCAGUCAGAGGAGAAUUCUGAGCAGUGUCUCAAUGAGUAUGUAGAUAAUAUUGCAAGAGAAAGACCAUUCCAUUCUAACCUGAACUGAUGGGCUUCUCCAAAGAGAAUCGCAGAGCAUUGACUGACAGAGUAAAUUGCUACCUUCUGCUGUGAAAAAU